CUACCGCGACGGCAUCAGCGCCUCCAAAACCUCCCAUGUCCAAGCCGGCUUUGACGCCGGUUUUCCCGUCGGCGCACAACUCGGCAUGCGCGCUGGUACUAUCCUCGGUAUUCUCGAGGGCGUGUUGCGGGGCUACGACGAGAGCCAGAAAGCCGUGGUGAAGAAGCUGCCGGCGGGUCGGAAGGGCACCACCAGCACCAAUGGCACCGCCACUUCUACUUCUACAAUGACCGACGAGGAACGCCAGGCUAAGCGAGCAGAGAUACUAGCAUUGUACCAACAAGCCGUGAAGGAAUUGGAUGUGCGGAAGGUAUUCGAGGGGAUCAGUGAGAAGGAAAUCUCAGGGGGAGAAAAGGCCGAGGUUAGGCUUGGGAGGCAGGGUGAGGGGGCUGUAGGGAAGUGGGAGGAGAAAGUGAGGGUUCCGAGGUGGGAGGAGAAUAUGGAUGCGUUGGAGAUGAAGGAUACCGUUACUGCUGAGGGGACGGGGGUAGAGGUGGAAGAGAGCUGAGGGGGUGGUUGUGGAUGGGAUGGAAUGGUACUUUUUUCUUUUCUUCCACCUCUUUAGCUUUCUGGCGGGCCCUUGCGCCUGUCGGGAUUUAACUAGAGGAUCGGGCCAACGUCAGCCUAGCCUGGCCUUUCUACAAACGACUGAGCAGAAACUUUCCUGCUUGCUUGUAUGCAGCUCUGCAGUUCUGCAUACGUCGGGGUCUGGUCUCGGGAUGGCUACUUGGCUGGCUGGCUGGCUCCUCCCCCUGCUGCUGUCGGGACGGCAGGACAGAAUGGCCGGAUGGUCGAGAUGGGACGUGGCUGCAAGGUACGGAGGGGAAUUUGCAUGGCGUUGUGCAGCUAUGGAUGGCUGGGUUGGUGGUGAUGGCGGUGGUUCGAUCAUAAGUACUGGAUGUGCAUGAGUACGUGAAGUGUAGGUGUGCUGAGCAAACGACAAGCAUGGAUACCGUCCAUCAUCAAGGUGUCGGAAAAGGGUUGGAAUUGUGAGUGGUGUUCCAUGCCGCCACUAAGCCUAUCACUCUAUACAAAGAAACUUCUUAAAUACGAUAGACAAACCUUAUGUACAAGACCAAAUUGACCAUUUAGCC